CAAGAAAGAGUAACACAGAGUUGAAUUAGUAGAAGUGUUUUUACUCCAUUUACUGACCGCCAUAUUGGAAACGGUUCCCAUGUAUUUAUAUCCAGUUCAAAAUGUGGAAUGUUUACAUGCAAUAAAGUUUAUUUUAUCGUAUCUUAUCUGGGGAACGGGUUCUCGUAUUUUCAUCUGUUCAGAUGAACGCAGUUUCGAAUACACAAUCAGGUUUAACUGAGGAUUGUUGGAAAAAGAAAUGCUAUAUUGAGGGAGGCAUGUUUUCAUUAGCGACGCACUAAACACAUUUUAAUUAUGGUUAUAAGGUUAAGGACCAUACAGGGAAGGAGAGAGGAAACCCGCCGCCGACACACAAUGAGCUACUCUUUCUGGUUAAUAGUCUGACUGACCUACAACAGACGUAUGACGUAACAAUCACGUAACGUCACUCCUCUUCCCAAGGUGUUACACAGGAACGUUACGUCAUUCUUUUGCCGCAAUUCCAAUUGCAAAAACAAAAACGUUCUUCAUAAAUGAUAAAAAAGUCGUUAUCUUCUUGCUGUGGUGAAUUCGUCAUUCCAGUCGAGGCACCUGACCGAUACAUCGACAGAACCGAUGGCGAGCUGUUUCCUAAAUACAGUGUGUAAUGGAUUGGCGUGUUUCCGAACCCAAGGCGAUGGAGCAAGUCCUCCUGUCGUUGCCACAGCCAUGUUCACCGCCGCGUGCAUUCUGUUCAUCCUGCCAACACUUAAGAAGAUAUUCACUAGAGCGUUCUUCGAUCGCCUCACCGUUCUGCUGUCCAUUGUUUCUGUGUUUAUUAUAUUGGCCGUGUUCCUGAUGCUCACAGUUGCUAUCCAGGGAAACCAUCUGUUUUGCUUCCUCAUGAAUGGACGUAUUCCAUGUCUUUCGGGAUUAUCCAAAGUCUGGCAGCGACUGAUAGCAAUCUACAUGAUGUUUAUGCUGGUCAUCUUCAACUUUGGCUGCGCCCACCUCUUAAGGUGCGUGUUUCUCAGCAUCUACGACUGGGCAAGAUGUUGCAAUAGAAGAGGUCCACUCUGUCGACCAUUGUGCAGACCAAGACGUCCGUUGUGUGGGCCAACACCUUCCUUGUGUGGGCCAACACCUUCCUUGUUUAAUCUGUCAAGUCUAUGCUGUGAGCUAAAACGUAUACUGUUUGAGCCAACACGUGCAUUGUGUGAGCCAAGAUGUGCACCUUGCAAGCCAAAAGGUGCGUUGUGUCAACCGAAAUUUGCAUACUGUCUGCCAAAACGUCAAUCGUGUGAGCCAAAAUGUUCUUUAUGUGUGCCAAAAUGUCUACCGUGUGAGCCCAAAUGUCCACCAUAUGAGCUAAGACGCACAUCAUGUGAGCGAAGACGCCAUCCAAUGGAGCGAAGAUGUUUACCAUGUGAAUCAAGGCCGCGAUCACCAUGUAAACCAAGGCGACCACCUUGUAAACCAAGGCCACGAUCACCAUGUGAACCAAGGUGUCCACCAUGUGAACCAAGGUGUCCACCAUGUAAACCAAGGUGUCCACCAUGUGAACCAAGGGGUCCACCAUGUGAACCAAGGCCGCGAUCACCAUAUAAGCUAAGGCCGCGAUCACCAUGUGAACCAAGGUGUCCACCUUGUGAACCAAGGCCGCGAUCACCAUAUAAGCUACGGCCGCGAUCACCAUGUGAACCAAGGUGUCCACCAUGUGAACCGAGGCCGCGAUCACCAUAUGAACUAAGGCCGCGGUCACCCUGUGAACCAAGGCAACUGCCAUGUGAACCAAGGCCGCGAUCACCAUGUGAACCAAGUCCGCGAUCACCCUGUGAACCAAGUCCGCGAUCACCAUGUAAACCAAGGCCGCGAUCACCAUGUGAACCAAGGCCGCGAUCACCAUGCAAACCAAGGCCGCGAUCACCAUGCAAACCAAGGCCGCGAUCACCAUGCAAACCAAGGCCGCGAUCACCAUGUCAACCAAGGCCGCGAUCACCAUGUCAACCAAGGCGACAACCAUGUGAUGUUCGGCGUUCACCGUGUGAGUCACCACCAUCCUCGGUGUGUUCACUAUCUCCACGUUCAGUAUCUCCACCACGGCGAUCACCGCGUGUAAUGUGUAAGUCAUCACCACCUCCUCCAGUGUGCGAGGAAAAGAAGAAGAGGAAGCAGGCGGCUACGAAAAGACUGUGCCAGAUGAGUAACAGCACGGGCAUGCAGCAGCCAUCGUGCAGCAAACCCGAUGAUAUCGAGUUCGAUGUCGUCUGCCACAUUAAACUGGAAGGUGUCGCGUCUAAAAAACGGAACUGUCAGGUCAAUGUCCUAGGGACAAGUGUGUUGAGGAAAUGAUUAAAGGAUUAAAGACAUAUUUAAAAAAGAGGGUAAUAUACAGUUGAAAUAAACUCGGUCAAGAUUGUGGUUACUCACUGCGUUUCGAACAACCUCAGGUUAAGUGUAUCUUGUUAGCGUAUAUGGACCUGCUUAAAGUAGGCCUAUACCAGUAAUAUCACGUGUACAUUUAUGUCAGUUGUUCACACUCAGGGCUAGCUCUUUAAUGAUCAGACAAAUUCGUUAAAUUAUCUAUUAAACUUUAAAAACCCCAGCAGGAACCCACAAUUAUCAAGGACGGAUCCAGGAUUGUACGUAGGGGGAAGGGAUUAAAAACAUUCCAAAAAGGGCAAUUUGAGUUUGUCGAAGAGAAAUGAGUUAAGCUCCCAAAGACAGCGAUAUAUGUAGUGGGUUCAGGGUAAUGCUUCCCAGAAAACAUUUGAAUUUAGUUUUCUCACAGAGAAGCGUUCUCAGGGCAAUAUAGUAUUCUGGAUAAUAAAUUUAUAACAAAAUAAAAGUCACUUCCAACCCAUGUGACCCCACCUGAAUCCACCAAUGGUUAUUUUCCAACACAAUAUGAAUCAUUACAUUUUAAAAUUUUACAAUUGACGAGUUACAGAGCUAGUCCUGACAUUGACGUAUUAAUGAACACACAUGUAUUGGUAGCUACAUAAGCUUUACAUAGCCGAGUGGCUUAUUAAUUGAUGCUAUAUUAAUUAAUAAAUGUGUCUGUCGCUUCGUGUCAGUCGUAUUCUUUCUU